AUCCCAGAGUUACCGAAACAUUUACCGCUUGGAAUUGGCGUUAUGGAAGUGUCGGAGGAAGAUUUCCUGGAAACUUUAACUUCUCUCCUGGCGGACAACGAGCCUGAGGUCGAGACGGAGGAGCUGGACGGCGCUGCAGCGCAAGACGCGGAGGAAGACCUGGACGGGGCUGCAGCGCAGGACGCGGGGGAAGACCUGGACGGUCUGUUCGAUGACGAUGAUGAUGAGGAAGAGUAUGACGAAGGGCUUGAUGAAGAGGAUGAGGGAAGCGGAGCGGCACAGCAGGGCACCUCUACUCUGUUCGGAGAUAUCAAAGACUUGGAGGGAGAGGAUGAGGAGGAGGGACAGGAUGAGGAAGAGCGGUCGAGUGAGCCAAGCAGCAACCUGUCAGGGGAAGCAAACGACGAAUUGAUGAACAAAUCCAAAGAGGAUCUGGCAGCCGAGCUGCAGCGCAUGCAGGAGCGGAUGCAGAGGCUGCAGCAGCAGCUGGAGGCCACGCAGGCGGCCGCCGCCACCCCAGGGGAUGGAGCCCCUCCCAAACCAAAGCCCUUGGCACAGCCAGAAAAGCCUGCAGCCCCCACCGGGAGGACAGCACCCCCUGCUGUUCCACCUGUGCCCCUGAAAAACAAGAAGAGGACAGCCCACCCGCCCAAACGCUCUCCUAAAGAAGACAUUGAGAACAACACUGUGGGACAGAGUGACAGCUGCUCUCAACCUGUGAGAGCCAAUAGAAAGCUGAACAGCAAGCCGCAGCCGCCACUUCCACAGGCCACUCCCCCAGUCCAGAAGGCUCCGCCCAGGCCACCUGCUCCACAUGAUGCUGCCGUGGAGAAGUUCUCUGGACUAAGGCUCAGAAAGCCGCGUGUGUCUUCAGUUGAAAUGGAGCGCAAGAUGGCCGACCGCAGGCUGAUCCGGCUCUCCCAGUUACCGGACAGGCUGGCCAGGGAGAAGCUGGAGGAUAGCGACUGGGUCACCUUUGCUGUGGUAGUCAGCAAGGCCACCCCACAGAGCAACAGCAGUGGCAAGACCUUCAGCAUCUGGAAGCUGAAUGACCUCCAUGACCUGGAAGUGUACGUGUCCCUCUUCCUGUUUGGGGAGGUGCAUAAGGAGCACUGGAAGACGCACCCCGGCACCGUCAUCGGCGUUCUGAACCCCAGCCCUAUGAAGCCCAAGGACGGAUCGGACGAGGUGUGCCUGUCCGUGGACCACGCCCAGAAGAUCCUGCUCAUGGGAGAGGCUCUAGACUUCGGCACCUGCAAGGCCAACAAGAAGAACGGGCAGCCGUGCAGCCAGCUGGUCAACCUGCACGAGUGUCAGUACUGCCAGUACCACGUGAAGGCCCAGUACAAGAAGAUGAGCGCCAAGCGGGCCGAGCUCCAGUCCUGUUUCUCGGGGAAGGUUCCGGGCAAGGCGCAGGCUGGGCGUGGCAGGGGCGGAGCCAGCCUGAAGGAGCGCCUGUGUCACACGGGGUUCCACUACGGGGGCGUGUCCUCGGCGGCGUGCGCGGCCUCGCUCACUGCUUCCCAGCCGAAGAAGCCCAGUCAGACCACGCUGAGCAGCCUGUUUGUCAGAGGGGCUGACCAGAUCGUCAGCCAGGCCAAGGGCAUCGCCCUGCAGGCUGGUCAGGUGUCAGGCUGCACUGAUGAUUUCAGAGGUCUGCUGUCCUUGCCUACCCCAGGAGCCCUGAACCUGAAGAGACACCUGUCUCACGCCAGACCCUCAGGUUCAGCAAGCGUUGAGGUUCAGUACAUCUCUGCCUCCCAGCUCCUCAAACAGCAGAAACAGCGGAUGCUGGAUUCCAGGAAGAUGCGAGCUGAGGAGAUUGAGAAGAGGAUCCUGCAGAAUUUUGGGAAGGCUGGAGCUGACGCCCCCCACACCCCCACUCUAGGGCGGGGCCUUGCAGAGGGAGAGGACGUCGUGUUCUUCUUCGACCGCACCCCCCCCCCCUCCCCCUCCCUCCACAGCCUCCCGGCUGCUAAGCUGGCUGCCUUGAAGAAGCUCCGGCAGAAGGGCGGGGCCAUUGCCAAAGAGGACCCCAACGCCGUUAAACGCAAAAGGCCCAACAGCGCCGACGUUGCCGCCAAGGUGGAGAGCAGUCUGCAGUCUCCCCCGGGUGAUGAGGCGGGGGCGGAGCCUGAGGAGCCGGCCCUGAAGAAGCGGCGGGAGCAGCUGGCCUACCUGCAGUCCGACGAGUUCCAGAAGAUCCUCAAUGCCAAGUCCAGACAUGAAGGGGUGCUGCAGGCGGCAGAGAUUCAGAUGCAGGAGCAGUACUUUGAUCCCCUGGUGAAGAAAGAGCAGAUGGAGGAGAAGAUGAGGAACAUCCGAGAGAUGAAGUGCCGAGCCGUCACCUGCAAAACGUGCAAGUACACCUACUUCAAGCCCCUGGACCAGUGUGUGGAGAAGAAGCAUGACUACCACUGGCACGACGCUGUCAAGCGCUUCUUUAAGUGUCCUUGUGGCCAGCGAGCCAUCGCCCUGGACCGCCUACCUCACAAGCACUGCAGCAACUGCGGCCUGUUCAAAUGGGAGAGGGACGGCAUGCUGAAGGAGAAAUCGGGCCCGAAGAUCGCGGGGGAGCUGCUCUUGCCCCGCGGAGAGGAGCAGCCCAAAUUCCUCAGCAGCAUGAAGUGACGCCCAGGUCACGUGACUCUGUGUCGUUACCCUCCGGAUCGUCGUCCCUGUGACACGGUUUUGACGCCGUUCUCUGCGUCUGUGCUGUUCAGAGCCUCGUUAAGGUCGACGCUGCUCUUACUCGAUUAUGUCAACGUUUUAGCGUUUUAAUUCCUGUGAAUGUUGCGUGUGGCAUGAGCUGGCAUUUUUUGUUGUUGUCAGUAUGGAAAUAGCACUGAGACUUUUUGGCCUUGUUCUGUCACUGCUUAAGAAUUGGCAGUGAAGGCUGAUCUACCUCUAACUACGCUGCAAGUUGCUGUUAAAAGUGGCUGUUUCUCAGAGCAUUAGAAGCAGUGAUAUGUCGGUUGCCAUUUUCCGUUUGGCCAAGUUUUAUGUGAAGUGGGGGUGGCGAGAGCACUUUUACCUGCUGUUGGGCCUGUUCUGCCUUGUCUCGCCGAAGAGGUACUAGCCUCUCUUUCACCCAGAUCAUGUCAUGCGGGAAAUAAAUAAAUGUUUAAAUAUAGAUUUGC